GUGGUGGUUUGAAAGGUGCCAUUUCGUCAGCUGUGUGGGGCUAGCUCACUACGUGAGGGACUUGUCCCUCAGUUUAGCGUGCCUGAUCCCUCCCGUUAGAGCGGCCUGAGAAGCUAGCCGCUCGUUGCCAGUGCAGGGGCGGGAUGAGCUGUGCGUGAUUGAUCCCCUGUCACCAUGGGGCACCGCUACGAAGAGAACAUCGUGCGGCUGCUUAGCGAACGACAGUUCAAGGACAGGAGUAUCACUCGUGUCCAGAGGAAGUUGCAGGUUACGGAGGAUCUGGUAGCAAGACUUGGUCUUGAAGCUGAACUUGAGGGUCAUGCGGGUUGUGUAAACUGCUUGGAAUGGAAUCAGAAGGGAGAGAUCCUUGCCAGCGGCUCGGACGAUGUACAGAUAAUGUUAUGGGAUCCGUUUCGACAUCGGAGGCUCCACACCAUUCCAAGUGGACAUCAUGGAAACAUAUUCUCAAUAAAGUUCCUGCCUUACUCUGGUGAUGGCCUGAUGGCUAGUGGAGCAGCAGACUUCAAGAUCCGUGUGCACGACAUUCAUGCACGAGAGACCACCAUGGUCUGCAGCUGUCACACGAGUCGAGUCAAACGACUAGCGACUGCAGCCAGUGUGCCCUUUGUGUUCUGGAGUGCUGCUGAGGACGGUGUCAUUCUGCAGUUUGACUACCGGAUGCCACAUCAGUGCACAGCGGAUGCAAAUCAUGUGUUAGUGAACCUUGGCUACCACCUGGGUCGCAAUGUGGAAGCCAAGUGUAUAGCUGUGAACCAGCUUCAACCGCACCUGCUUGCUGUGGGUGCCAACGAUUCAUACAUUCGUCUCUAUGACCGGCGUAUGAUAAACACCACCAAGCUCGCAAGGUUCAACAGUAGUUCUUCCAAGCCCGAUGCGGAGUCUGACAACCUCGCACCUGGCUGCGUAACUUAUUUUGCUGCAGGUCACCUUCCACUAAAAUACCCCAGGAAGAGGUAUCGCACGUUAGCCUCUACCUAUGUUGCCUUCAGCCCCGAUGGCAGCGAACUUCUAGCCAAUUUAGGUGGCGAGCAGAUUUACUUAUUUAACAUCAACCACCUGCGACAGCCAAAAAGCUUUGACCUUCAGAGCUUCACAUCAUCACUUCACUCAAAUGGGUUGUGCAAAAACUUGGCCGAGGGAGGCAGUAGUCCUGCAAAUGGAUUCAGCACCCACAAAAACGGCAUCUCCAAUGGAAUGGUUUCCAGUGGAAUGAAGCAGAAUGGAAUCCUUGCAUCCACAGACACUCCUCCCAUUUCAUCCAGUACAAAGUGGGGGCCUGCCAACAGCAAGCCACUGCCGCCCCGCGUAGAGGCCAUAAAAUGCAAAGCAAACGAGAAGUUUGGCAAGCAGAAGUACACCUUGGCCAUUAACCUCUACAACAAGGCCAUUGGCUUGGUGUCCGACUCACCAGUUCUGUACUGCAAUCGUGCAGCUGCCUUCAUGAAGCGAGCUUGGGACGGGGACAUGUAUGCUGCGCUGAGGGACUGUCACACGUCUCUACAACUGGAGGCAGACUAUGUGAAGGCACACUUGCGGCUGGUGCGCUGCCUGUAUGAGCUGCGCUGGACCAAGGAGGCCCUCGACUGCCUGCAGGCCUUCAAGUCGCGCUUCCCCGACUGUGCCCUCAGUCAGACAUGCCAGGCACUGGAUCGGGACAUCAAGGCGGCCAUAUUCUCCAAGACCGACAAUGACUCCGAGGAAGGCAGCCGGUCUGAAUCUCAAAGCUCUAAUGGCAGUGCCAACUCCAGCCCAAAGCACAGGAGGCAGCCCCAAAUCUCUGAGCAAGAAAAGGCGUGGCGCGCAGUGGCUUACGACUACGAGUUACGCUUCUGUGGCCACUGCAACACCACUACAGAUAUCAAGGAGGCAAACUUCUUUGGCAGUGCGGGUCAGUUCGUGGUGGCCGGCUCGGAUGAUGGCUCGUUCUUUGUGUGGGACAAGCAGAGCACAAACCUUGUUCGAGUCAUGCGGGGCGACGACUCUAUCGUAAACUGCCUGCAGCCGCACCCGAGCACCUGCCUUCUAGCCACCAGUGGAAUAGACCCUGUCGUCCGGCUGUGGAGCCCAAAGCCAGAGGACGGAAAGAAGGAAGACAGGGAAGUGAUCGACUCUGAGGACGCAGCCGUGGCAAAUCAGCGUCGGAUGAAUGCCGACCCACUGGAAGUGAUGCUCAUGAACAUGGGCUACCGUGUUCCCGGACUUUUAGAGUCCGACGAAGUGGAACUCGAGAGCCGGGUUGGGGAGCCCAACGUUGUCUCCUGUCGACCGAGCUAGGACAAUGCCGUCUGUCCCCUGUGGUGAAUGAAAUCUUCCAUGCCCAGCAUUUUCAUUGGUGCACAGAAUUGCACCGAUGGCACCGCAGCAACCUCCCCCUCACCUUCCCUAGUUUUAUUUUCGUCUCAUAAAAAGGCUUAGGGUUUCACUAACUGCUUGAUAAGUGGAACAGGGAUGACAUUGACGCUAAUAAAUUUGAAGAUGAAGAAAGAUUUGAUUGUCACACUUGCUGCAUGUCUUAAGAAGCUCCAGAAACUGCUCGUACUGUAGUUCACUAAAUUAUAGCUAGUUAAUCAUUAUUUUGAAGUGCAAAAGAAAGCCGGCUGUGAGAAGUGACAGUUUGUUUACAUGGCGAUGACAAAAUGUUGCCAUCACUGUGGAGUGUGACGAUGAAAUGUUCUGCUCAUGUGUGGUAUAGUGCUCACAAUCGAAAUUAUACCAAAAGUGUCGACCAGAAAUGAGGCAUCCAUAUGGGACCUGUCUGAAUAAUGCAAUGCUGAUACGAAAUAUGCCAUAGUGUCGUCCGCUUGGCGACAUGGUGGAUCACAGGCUGCGCCAAUUAAUCCACCAGUGUGCACAUCGUGGUCGGUGGCUGCAACUUAUUUUUGCCAGUUUCAUCGACUAGAGGCCAAAAAAAAAGCCAAGAGACUUCGGUCUCCGGAUUAAUUUUACUUCCUCCAUAUUGAAUGUCUUCACUUAACUUUAAUGUGCCAUCCUCCAGCAGCUAGAUCAACAUUAUAAUCAUUAUUUUCUGUAAAUCAAUACAGCAAAAAAGAUUUUGAGUGCCUGCAUGUGGUCCAAGUUUUUAAUCGGAAACUGGAAGGCGACUGGCUUCAGCAUGAGUAAAUGUUUACUUACACACUAAUUAUGGUGAGUCAUUAAAAAUGUGAAAAUUUACUACUGAUACCAGUUUGUCUAUCUUGCACUUGAACAUCAAGUGCCUUGGAAUAAAGUUUAGUGAAAUUUGACUAAUUAACAGACAGUCCAUCACAUUUCGUGCCUGAAGAGGUUAUAUUGGAAGUGUAGCAGUUUGGGCUAGUUGCUAUGACAUGACGAUAGUUAUAUCGCGAGAACAGAACGACAACAAAGAGACAAGCGCUCGUGUCCUUCUUGUCUCUUUGUCGUCGUUCUGUUCUUACGCUAUAACAAUCGUCAUGUUAUAUUUGAACCCUUUAAUCCAGCACCUGUGGGUUCUGUGUGUUGCUAUGGGACACUGACUCCCUUGUGUUGGCAAACUGUUAUUCAGAGAAUAAUUGCUGCAUUCCAAAACACUCGAACCUUCGGCCCUAGUUGCAAUGGUUAGGUCACGGUAUGCUACAGACAAGACUGUCUGUAAUGCAGCUGCUUCAAAAGCUUUCCAGGUGAACCCAGCCACCUAUAUUGUUUACUGGUUCACUCAAGCUACAAACUCGCGUUUUAUAUUUCAAGUAUGUUUGACGGGUAGUUCAGUUCACAGUGUUCUCUACACGGAAGCAGGGUGAGGUAAGUAGAUACAAGCAGGUGAACGUAGACUUGCUCCAGCAUUAAAGGAUGACAGGGCUGCACACAUCUGUCAAGUAUGAUUUCGUGUAAGCUUACUUUCCGCUUGCGUGACAGAAGGGCCACCAUCUAUUCAGUUACCAACCACUGAUUACAUUUACAGAUAUGGUCUAGUGCGCCGCAUUAAUCCUUUUGUGAGAUGUGCCAAGGUCUAACUGUGUGAGGUUGAAACAAUUCAAUGUUUAACUACAUAAACAUUAUAAGUGGUCAUGAACUACAGUUAAAAAUAGUUUCCUUUUAACUCAAGAAUGCAAGUUCAGUUUCUAGAAACAUGAAUUCAGCCACACAAGGGUUUGCAUAACUAAAUGAGAGUGUGGCUUUUUAAAGAAUAAGAUUUGCCCCACUGCGGUGGUCUAGUGGCUAAGCUACUCGGCUGCUGACAUGCAGGUCGCGGGAUCGAAUCCCGCCUGCAGCGGCUGCACUUUCGAUUGAGGCGGAAAUGCUGUAGGCCUGUGUGCUCAGAUUUGGGUGCACAUUAAAGAACCCCAGGUGGUCGAAAUUUCCGGAGCCCUCCACUGCGGUGUCUCUCAUAAUCAUAUGGUGGUUUUGGGACAUUAAAACCCACAUAUCAAUCAUCAAUUAAGGAACACCAUUAAUGAUUACUUCAGUAGGUAGGAGCUCUGCAGAAUCUCAUUUUUAACAGCAAACACAGUAUUAAACACAGUAGAUGCAGACAGCACCAUAACAAAAAAUGCAGACAGCACCAUUGCAUUCUAUGUCACAGGAAAAAGUUGCAGAUAUUGGUAUUAAAAGGCCGAUUUUCUUUUUUACGUGACCACAGAAAAUGCUCAUCAGCUUUUAAUGAAUGGGUGUUCGAAAAAUGUCUAAAAGCACUUAUUUGAAGUGGAAACCCAACCAAAACCCACAAAAUUGAGUCCUGCCAAUAGUGAACCUGCUUUUUAGUACCAAAACAAGCCUAUGAGAAUUUUGCCCGAUUCUGUGACGGAAUCCUACUUUACUCAAUUGCAUUAGAAACAAAUUAAACUUAUUUUCUCUAUUGGGUAAGUAACCAGGGCAUGUAAUGGCUCGAAGCUUGACAGGUUGAAUGCUGGCACGUGCAAUGGGUAUUAUUCCAAUUUCCGGUGUGGGCAGCUAAUUUAGCUAUGUUUUGCUGAAUGGCCAUCUUGUAUAUAUUAUUUCAAAACACAGAUAGACAUCAAAAGGAGCAGAUACAGAAACAUGGCAUUGGAAUCCGGAUUAGCACCAGCUACCUGUGACUAAUGACACGUUCCAAUUGGAAGUUGUACGAUUGUGCAGUGUGAACGCCCAAACAAGUGCUGUCCACUGUCCAUUGCAUGGUCUCGUGAAGCAUUGACAACAGUUGCCCGUGUGGGAAAGUGAUGUUUGGUCAAUAGUUGUUGCUCUUGAAAACAUAGGCAGCACGUUCGUAUAAGAAGGGAGUGCGCAAGAUGCGAAAUUGUAAAUGGCUGUUACUGCUACUGCUGUUACUGUUGCAUUACACUACGGCUGUAUGGAGUCACCUACACUUAGGCCUGUAUUCACAAACCAACCUCAACCUUACCUCGAGUUUUCGUUAUCAGUUUUAAGCCUUUAUGCGCUUGAAGAACCAAGUAGGUCCGUGUGCAUGAACCAGUUUCGUUGUUAUCUUUUACCCUGUUACCAUUUCUGAGCUCUUAUAACGCACGUAGAGAGUACAGGAACUUGAGGAAAACGUGAGGUAAGGCCAAGGUUGGUUUGUGAAUAUGGGCUUUGGUGAAAAUAUAUUGUUAUUGUCCGUGUACCCACAGUACCCUACACUGGAAAUGAAGGGCUAUAGAAUAACCCCCACAACGCAACUGCUUCACUUAUCAGCAAUUCUUUUCCAAUAAAGACGAAUAAUGUGUGAAAUUUAAGUUUUAAUAGCAUAACAAUUUUAUUUCCCAUCAUCUCUGGUUUUCUUCCCGAGAGUGCUCGACGUUGUAAUGAUUUAAAACAAGUUAUGAAACCCUGGGCAAGCAUUGCUUUGAAAUUUUCUUUCGCUAAUGUUCACUAUAACUGCUACCCCAACGGGAAGCACUCUUCGAGAGACGCUCUUCGAGAGUGGGUGCCUGAUGAAUCCAUUAUUCCUUGCUGGCUGCUCCAUAGAACUGGAAUGCCAUGGAAACCCCAAAUAUGCAGUGUAAUUGCUGGUUAGUCUACUGUUCAGUUUGAUCUUAUCACAAUGAGAAAAUUGAGAAAAAGGAGUCAGCAAUGUUACUGCUUCGGCUUUUGUACAUAACAUUUUGUUUUUCUUAUAGAGUUGUGUGAACUGUUAUGUCAACAUCGGUAAACAUUGUUUUAACUUGUCAGGGUUGAAAGAGCAGUUCUUUAGGUAGAGACUUACAGUGCUAUAUAUAAAUAUAUAUAUUAUAUAUAAAGCAGUGAGCGUUGCAGGUUAUUUAAGCAAGUUAUGGUUACCGAAUCGUAAAGUGUUAAUGAGAAAAAAAGUUAGCAAAAGUGCCACUUGAAAGCUUGUCGACAGCUGAAUGAGACGCUUCAGGACUUCUGUGAAUUUAUGCUUGCAUGGUUCCACGCUUUCACUUCUUCCAAGCUUACAGUGUUUGCACCUGGCAAGAACUACUUGUGUUUUUUUUUUUCCUGUGACAAGAACCUUAGAAUUUUGUUUCUUAGGAUGCAAGAACAAGGUUGCAAUUUUUUAACAUAAGCUAUGCACGCAGCGCUUGACAGAAUAACUUUUUUUUUUCUGUGUAGUAUUGAAAAGAUGCUGUUGUUUUACUAACAGCUAGCUCAGUAUGCUUUGUACCAUGUCCGAGUCACUCAAGUCAUCUCUUGUUACUUUAAUAAAAGGCCUUGUGUAAUCUU